CUCUUGGGGUGAUGGCUGCUGACAAACCAUGGGCACUGAUCUCAGAGGUUGGAGAAAAUGGAUGCUCUGAAGAUCUUGCAGUUAUGUUGAAAGAACAUUUCCAGAUAGUAUCCCUUUGUGAUUUACUCGAAAACCCAGAUUUGCAUGGGCCAAAAAUCCAGGUUUUGUUCAUGUGGAAGUUCUAUCCAGAAGCCACACCUGCUCUGCUGUCUCUACUGCCUUCUCUCAGGGUGGUGUGCAGUGCAGGGAUGGGUACGGACCACCUCAACAUCCCAUACAUUCACAGUCUUGGGGUGAAAAUCGCCAACACACCACAUGUUGUCUCAGAUGCUACUGCUGAUUUUGCAAUGGGACUUCUUCUGGCAUCGGCUCGCAAAAUAUUUGAAGGUCAAGAAAUAGCCAGGGAUCCUAAUGCCAUGAUAAUACCGCAAACCCUGAUGGGAGUUGAAGUCACAGGCUCCACUCUGGGAAUUAUUGGGAUGGGAGAAAUUGGAUACAAAAUUGCCAAAAGAAGCAAAGGAUUUGACAUGAAGAUUCUUUAUCACAAUCGAAACAGAAGGAGUGCUGUAGAUGAGGCAGCAGUGGGGGCAACUUACUGUGAGAACCUCAACGACCUGCUUAAGAUGUCCGACUUUGUCAUGUUGUCUUUGAGAUUUACCCCUGAAUCUAUUGGCCUGAUUGGACGCAGAGAGCUGUCACUGAUGAAGCCAACUGCUACUCUCAUCAACAUGAGCCGAGGCCUUGUUAUAGAUCAAGAUGCCUUGGUCCAGGCACUUCAGUCUGGUACAAUUCAAGCUGCGGCAUUAGACGUGACUUAUCCUGAACCACUACCAAGGGAUCAUCCUCUUCUUUAUUUGCCCAAUGCAUUAAUCACACCUCAUAUGGGAAUAAGUUCAACUAACACUGCCAAGAAGAUUGUACAGAAAAUGGUGGACAAUGCUUUAGCUGCUGUUAAAGGUUUACCAAUUCCUGAUGAAGUGGGCCCUCAAUGUGACAUGUGA